AUGGGCAGCUGCCCGUCCCGACCUGCGCCCAUUGUCCUGCCCUUCCUCCCCGCGCCCCUCGCCCCCCGCCGCCGCCCCGGGGCCGGGGGGAAAACAGGAAGCGCUCCCCAGCACGCUGCUGCGGAAAUGAGACAAGCGGGCUGGAGCGGCGGCGAGGACGGCGGGAGGAAGCGGACGGGAUAUUUGGAACUGACGGUGAAUUCUUGGGCUUAUCUCUGCGCCGCAGAGGCCCAGGAGUCCUUACAAAACAGCGCCCAGCUGGAGCGAGGCCCGCGGCUGGGGACGCGUCCUGGUCCCCAGCGCCACCCCUGGUGCCCGGCUCGGCGGCGGGAUGCUGGUGGCAGGGAGGGGACACGUGUCCAGUGUGGUGGGUGGCACCUGCGUCACAUCAGUGAUCACAGAAGGGACCUGACGCCCCGCUGCAGUGUGGGCAUGGGCGGCCCCCCGGUGCCCAGGAUGGCUGUGCCACCCUCCACCUACCCCCGCCGCCUCCUGCCCCUCUUCCUGGGGCUUUUCCAGAGCGCCCUGCUCCUCUUCUUUGCCCUCUUCGUCACCUACGAUGAGCCCUCGGCGCAAGCAGAGGAUACCAACUUGGUGGCCAACCAGGUCUACAGCACCUUUCCUUUCUUCCAGGACAUCCAGGUGAUGCUGGUGGUGGGGCUGGGACUCCUGCUGACCUUCCUGCCCCGCUACGGGUUCAGCGCCCUCACCCACAACUUCCUCCUGCUCAGCUUCUCCAUGCAGUGGGCGCUGGUGCUGCAGGGCCUGCUCCACCACUUCCACCAUGGCCAGAUCCACCUGGACCUCCACAAACUCCUCAUCUCUGAGUUCGCUGCUGUGACAGUGCUCAUCUCCGUGGGGGCCAUCCUGGGGAGGGCCAGCCCCUGCCAGCUGCUCAUCGUGGCCACCUGUGAGAUCCCCACCUACCUCGCCAGCGAGUGGGUCAUUGUCACCUGUCUGGGCGUUCUGGAUGUGGGUGGCACCAUCACGAUCCACGUCUUCUCCUGCUAUUUUGGCCUUGGCGUGUCCAAGGCUCUGUUCAGGGCAACGCAGCAGCCACUGCACCCCAAGGAGACCCCAACAACCAGCUCUGACCUCAUGUCCCUGGUGGGGACACUCAUCCUCUGGGUUUUCUGGCCCAGCUUUGUGGCUGUCCUCUGCCAACCGGGCGAUGCCCAGCACCGCGCCAUCCUAAACACCCUCCUGGCCAUGAGUGCCAGUGCCAUAACCACCGUGGUGGCCUCCAGCCUGCUGGAGAGGGACGGCAAGCUCAGCCCCGGCCACCUGCAGAACGGCAGCCUGGCCGGCGGGGUGGCCAUUGGCGUGGUGGCUGACAUGGCCAUGCCACCAGUGGCCGCUCUUGCCCUGGGCAGCCUCUCGGCCGUGGUGUGUGUCCUCGGCUUCAGGUUCCUCACCCCGCUCCUGGGGAGGAAACUCACGCUCCACGACCAGUGCGGCAUCCACAACCUCCACGGCUUGCCCGGCAUCCUCGGCGCCGCAGCCAGCGUCGUGGCCGUCCUGGUGGCGUCCAAGGACACGUCCGGGUCCCAACCCUCUCAGCUGUCUCCCGCGCUGUGCCAGGCAGCGGGGCUGGCGGUGGCCAUCGGUGCCUCGCUGCUCGCCGGGCUGCUCACCGGUGCCGCCCUCCGGCUGCCCUGCCUGGCCCGGCCGCCCGAGCGGCUCUGCUUCGAUGACUCGCUGUAUUUUAAGAUCCAGGAUCAGGCUGAGAGCCCGGGGCCAGACAGCAGCGCUGAGGAAGGAGCCCUGGCUCUGAAGGAGCAGGUUUAG